AUGUCGCUUUUACGAACCAUUUCAACAAGAACUGCUCGCUCAUACCCUCGUACACUAGCAAUUGCCACUCAACAACAAUUUCGUAAUCAUGCUACCGCAGUACCAGAUGGAAAGAAGACCUCUAGACUUCAAGAACUCAGGAGCAAGCUGAAAUCCGAGGAAGCUGGAAUUGAUGAAUUCGUCAACACUGGUUAUGAAAAGAUGACCCACACCGAAGCAUUGGCGUUGAGAGAAACCGUGGUCGAGGGCAAAAAAGUCAAAACCACAAAAUUGAAGCAACCUCGUUUGCCAGAUUGGUUAAAAACAGAGAUUCCAUCCGGAAAGAAUUUUGGUAAAAUCAAGAGAGAUCUUCGUGGUUUGAAACUUCAUACAGUGUGUGAAGAAGCAAGAUGUCCUAAUAUUGGUGAUUGCUGGGGUGGUGGAGAGCACCAAACUGCUACUGCUACUAUCAUGCUGAUGGGUGAUGAAUGCACUCGUGGUUGCCGUUUCUGCUCGGUCAAGACCAACAGAGCACCCAAGCCCUUGGAUCCUCAUGAACCCGAGCACACUUCCGAGGCUAUCAGUCGCUGGGGAUUGGAUUACGUUGUGUUGACUAGUGUAGAUCGUGAUGAUCUUGCCGAUGGUGGCUCCAAUCAUUUCGCAGAGACUAUCCGUAAGAUUAAACAAAAGGCUCCUCACAUUCUAGUCGAGUGUUUGACUGGUGAUUUUGGUGGAGAUCUCAAGGGUGUCGAGACAGUUGCUCUCUCUGGCUUGGAUGUAUACGCUCAUAAUAUCGAGACAGUGGAGGCUUUGACACCUUUUGUUCGUGAUCGUCGUGCUGGUUUCCGUCAAUCACUUGGUGUGCUUCAACAUGUCAAGAAGGUGAAGCCUGAUAUGAUUACCAAGACAUCCAUCAUGUUGGGUUGUGGUGAGACAGACGAGGAAGUAUUAGAGACUCUGCAAGAGCUUCGAAAGGCAGAUGUGGAUUGCGUGACACUUGGACAGUACAUGAGACCUACAAAGAGACACAUGAAGGUACACGAGUAUGUUACUCCCGAGAAAUUCAAGCAUUGGGAGACCACAGGCAUGGAGAUGGGCUUCAAAUACGUUGCUAGUGGACCAUUAGUUAGAUCAAGUUACAAGGCAGGUGAAUUCUUCAUUGGUAACAUUCUUAAGAAGCGUAAGGGUUUGCCUCUUUCUACUGCUCCCCCUGCCGCUUCCGAUGAAGCAAAGCCUGAAGAAAAGGCCUUUUAA